UUUUUUUGGGGCAACAAAGGACAUUUUCCUUUGUCUCCUAAUCUUACUCUCUUCUGCUGUAUGUGCGUGCCCUAACCCCUCUGAAACGGGCACUUCUCCAGUACGCAGCUCACCAUCACCCCCGCCCUUGCUCUCAUCUCAGAUCGCUGUGCUGACAGGCUCUCAACGCCGACUGCUGUGCGCACCGUCCAUCAGUCUCCCUCUGUCUCUCGUCCUCACCUCACCUCACCUCACCGACCACCGCGGGCCUUGAAGCUUCACGGUCAGAGAAUCAUGGCCAGCACGUCUGAGAGUGACAGCAGGGAACCAGUAAAUGAACAAGCGGUCGCGACUAUUUAUGCUUCCCUAAAGUCUGAACUUAACCAGAUACACUCAAAAAUAACCGAACUAGAGAUGGAGGCAAGUGAGCAUUCGCUGGUCAUAAAUGCCAUUCAGCCCUUAGAUCCUUCUAGACGGUGUUACCGAAUGAUCGGAGGUGUACUGGUCGAGAGAACUGUCAGGGAAGUCCUGCCUGCUGUGCAGAGGAAUAAAGAGGGGAUUGAGGAGGUGAUCACAAGGCUUAACGAGGCCUUGGAGAAGAAGAAAAAGGAGCUGGCUAAUUUCGAGGCGAAAUACAAAAUAAGGAUAAGGAAGCCCGAUGGUGCGGCCAAGGAUGAAAAUGCACGAAAGGAAGGAUCUUCUUCUCAAGGAGUCCUCGUGGGUCCUGCCAGCUGAAACAAAUGACAGGUCCAUGCACUUGUUCACUCGGUGGGACAUUAUGUUGGAAAUGAUAGUUGCAGUCCUCUUUUCAUUUGCUGGAUUUACGAGUGCUGCAAUUUAAACAUAUAUUAAUGUUGCGAAAGUAUUGGCAUUUUGAGUUUGAAAUCAUUGUAGUUGGAGCUGUUGUAGCCAGAUUUUAAAAGCCAAACAUGAACACUUUCAGAUCUCUUUUAUGCAGGUGUGGAUAAUGAUUGUUAUUCUC